AGGUUAGACACCCGCCCGUUGGUAUCGCCGUGGCGGUUGCCAGGCAGAGGGGGGAUCACCCCCACCACCACAACAAUAACCAUCAGCAGCACCACGAUGACAAUCGCCAUAACUAUGACAAUAACAGCCAUAACCAGCAGCACCACACUGUUCUGAAGUCUCGGGCCGGCACCCUCCUGCACAGCCUCGUCUGGUGGUGCUGCCGCGUCAGCCGGCGGUGGUGGCGAUGGUGGUGGAAGUGGCGGUGGGUUCCAGACAUCCGAUCGCAGGGUGCGGCACCCAACUCCUACCGGCAUACCCAAGGGCUGUGUCCACGCAGGCCCAGUGCCAGAAGCACAGGAGGAGGAGGAGAGGGCGGCACGUGACCAUGCAACUGAGCGAGCGCGGGAGCGUGAGCAGCUGCUCAGGGAGAACAAGGAGUUGGCAGAGUUUGCGCGCAGCCUCAGGCCUACCUCGUUCGCCGACCUGGACCCCAACCUCGUGGUGACCACUGGAGGGGGGGCUGCCCCCAUCAUGCACGCUGGCCAGUGGGGAGAGCUCAAUGCGCCGCACGCUCACGUCGCCCCGCACCAUUGGCUGCCGAGGACCGAAAGUCCCUCGCUUUGGCUCGGGGCACCACCCUACGGCCUGGGUGGCUUCUCUCUCCACCAGAGUAUGGCAGGAGCGUUCCCUCCCGGCCUGGCGGCGCCGCCUGCCACUCCGAACUACCAGCUUGCGCGUGACCCAGCCACGGGCCACCUCGUAGUGGUGCCCACCGACUUCCCCUCUCACUACGCGGCAGAACUUCUGGAGCGAACGCCACCCCCGCUGUGGCCACCGCUGCUGGCAGGGGGGGCGCCCGCCCCCCACCACCACCACCCCCUGUCGCUCACCUACCAGACAAUGCUGCGCCAGCAUGAGCUGUACGUGGCUCAUCAACAGGCCGCGGCAGCCAGCGCCCACGCCCAUGCCCUGCAGCUGCAGCACACUCCGCACAUGCAG